AUUGGCCGGAGGCGAGGCUCAGACUUGGAAUAAGUAAAGAACGCUGUAUACUAGAAUAUUUGUAUAAAAGAUUCUGAUUAUUGCGAGAAGAGGUACAGACGUCACGAUUAAGUAUCGACUCGAUUCAACUCCGAAUCCGAAUACCUCGGAUCCAGGCCCAUUCCGAGUGUUUCGAACCAUUCCAAACAAAAUGGCCGUUUGUUGUUGUAUUUGAACAUAGAUUCGAAACAGGGAGCGCGAAACGGUGGUUGGUUUGUUCGAAUCCUCGAAAUGCAGAGAAAAACAAGCACUGGGAAAGCCUUAUGGAAGGAUUCUUUUCAAAAAGCGCGGUCAUUUUCACAGAAUUCCCUCGAAGCAUCUCCACGAAAGGGAAGUUUGCUUGAAGAAGAUAUCAGCGAUCGAGAGCUACAAGACUAUCUUGACAGUUUGAAAAAGAAGUCAGGCAUUCAGCGGCUUUGGUCAGGAGAGAAGUUCGAAAAGGCGGUGCGUGAUGACGAGGAUAAGACCCCUGACAUAUCGAUUACGAGUUCUGAAGAUGAGCAAGCAGUAGAGAGCUUUCACUCUGAAAAGCCAGCUGAUGGUGAUAGUGACGAUGAUUACAAGCCAAAUUUAGUGAUGCUGACGCAUUCCUUAUCUGAAGACCUUAAAUCAGAUUCAUCCAGCUCUAUUCAACUUCUACAUGGAAUCCAGCUAGCAGAAUUUGAAUUAAGUGAUGAUCAGAAAAGCACAGGAGAUGUCAACGAAAACAUGUCACUAAACAAUAACAGCCAAUCAAAAAGUAAAAGUGAGCCUAAAGAACUGGAUGCCAUCAUGAACAAUCUUCACUUUGCUUCUGAAAUUGAUACAGACGAGGACGAGGUUAUAGAAGAGAUUAAAGAGGAUGUUGUACCAGAGUCUCUCAUAGAAUUAAAUGAUUCUGUACAGGAGCAGCAUACAGCUCAAAGCAGCCCAGAGCCAGACAAGAACGGCAGGAGAUCAAGAGCUAAGAGUCGUGAGAGUGCUGCACCAUCCUACUCCAUGAACUUUUCAACAGAGGAUGAUGUGACAAUUAGCGAGGUUUCAAAGGCACAAGGUCAAAGCUCUAAGUCAUCCCAUAGCUCAAGGUCAUGGCAUAGUUCAAAGUCAUCUCAUAGUUCAAGAUCGCCUCACAGUUCAAGGUCGUCUCAUAGUUCAAGGUCAUCUCAUAGUUCAAGGUCAUCUCAUAGUUCAAGGUCAUCUCAUAGUUCAAGGUCAAGUCAUCACAGAUCAAAUAAAUCAAAUGAUAGCAACUCAAGGUCUUAUAAUAGAAAGAAUGAGUCUAACAAACUCAACAGGAAUACUUGUGAGAUUGCAACACAGACUGUCCCUGAAAUAAGCAGCAUGCAAAGUACUCUCCCUCAAGGCCUUGGUGUAGGCAUGGCAGCUGUUGGACCUCAACUUGGUAUGCAGUACGUUGAUCCUUCUCCCAUAGCAACACAUGUUGUGUCUCCUGAGGCCAUGGAAGCAAUAACCGCCUACAAUCCUGCAGUAGUAGCAUUGACAGAUAUGCUGCGACAACAAAUACGAUUGGUGGAACAGUUUGUGGAUGCCAAUAACCGCAUGUAUCAAGCUUACACUUCUAAUAUGAACAACAACUACAAGUACACCACCUUAGAGGAUACAAUGGAGUUUAUUCGCCGCAACAGACCGAAGCCGCUGACUAUGAAAGAAGCCUUGAGACAGGUCAAUAAAGAGGACCUUUGACCAAAUAUUUUCAUAUCUGCAAGCUAUUCAUAAUAUUUUAUUUUUUAAUAUAUUGAUGUAACGAAAUAAUGCCCCGAUAUUCAGAAAUUAUUUUUAUGAGUAAAAGAAAUUAUGAAAUAUUGUUUUAUAUGUAAUAUUUUCCAUGAGACAAUGCAAAAAAGUGAUUAUGCGUAAAAUCGGCAAAGAUUCCGUUGAUUUUUUUUAAGAACACACUCAAGAAAAUGCAAAUUACGUCUACAAGAUGUUCGUUGCUUGGUUUCGCACAAUUGGAUGUUAAUGGUAAGUCAACACAAUCGUCACUUAGACGAUCACUUUUUGCAAUUUUAACAAAAUUAGACGACCAUUUUGACUAAUAACCGGCUUUCUUAAUUAAAAUCCAUAACUGAUAAUGGGGAAAUUUCAAUUCGUCUGUAUUUCAUUUGUUGUGUUCUAGAAUCGUGCCCAAUUCGCUUGGUUUUGUUGUUCAAAUAAUACAGCUUGUGUCUACAAUAGAGUAAACAACGAACAAAGUAUUUUAUUUUAAAAGCCUUUUCCAAUUUUAGUUGUUAGUGUUCACUAAACCUUGUCGGUAGCCAUUUGAACGGUUACCCCUGAGGCGUAUCAAAUAGCGUAACUACAACAAGGGACUCUACCUUAACAACAACCAUCUCAUGGACUAGAGACAGCUGUGGCAGAAUCUUAAAGCCGAGGAAGACAAACAUUCAGAACAGGAAACAAACUGAGAGCAAGGUUGCCGUGGUUUCUAGAAUUUUAUGAACCUCGCGUAGCGAGUACAACGGGGCGCUUUGCGAAACCCAAUCGCUUGACCGGAUUUGAUAUAUAAAAAAAGAUCCUAACGAAGGUCACCGACUUAAAUCAUGAGUUCCGAAGUGAUAAAAGCAGACCAGCAUGAUACAUCAAAGGCCGAAAGAGCGGCUAAAA